UAAAUAAAGACAGCACUCUAUUCAAGCAAAGCAUUUAGUAAAUUUCAAAUGAAGACCUGUGUGACUUAAAAUGGAAGUGAAAGAAACGAUCCUGCAGAUAUAGAAUCCUAUCGUAAUACUUUAAUGAACCACUGCAGACUUACAGCCUCCAUCAGCGCACACAAUGGGCGCAUCCCUGUUGCUUUCUAUUUCAGGUGCUGAUGCAGGCGACGCGCUGUUGCCAUAGGAACAGCAUCCCCAGCAUCAUUUAUUGACACUCUCCCUGCCCUCUCAUUGGUCGUUCAAAUGGAGUUGUAACCAUUCGCGUCGCAGGUAAAAGCGGAAGUCCCGCUCACCACAUUGACCAUAACCUUAUUAAGCCAAGCAGGCGUGGCUUACCGUUCUCCUCCGCGCCCAUUGAGCGCUCAGCGCAUCAAUCCUGAUAUAAAACUAUCCUUGAGCUGAGACGGUGUGGUCUGGCUUCAGAAGGUCUCCACCCGAGAGUAUGGCGGUUGAGGAUCCUGGAAGAUGCAGAAUAGCUAUUCUGGAAUGCAGCAGCGUCCUAAAGUUCUCCAAAUGACGCUCGGAGGGGACGCGUGAUGCCUUAUAUGCUCGUAUUUGAAGGGACGCGAGGCGUUUUUUUAUAACCUAAAAUGUACGCAAAUACAUCGGGCAGGCUUUUAAAAUAUUAUUUCUUUAAGCAGCUGUUGGGUUCCGGCUAUUGUAGGUGGCUAGAGAUGCCAUGAAGUCCGCGCAUUGGCUCUUUGUGCGUCUCUCUCUGUGGUGAGUGUUGCAAUUCGGCCAUGGCUCCGCGUCUGCUCGACUUCUGCAAUAUUCAAGGCAAGUUUCCCGUCGCAUCUGAUCGGCUUGGACACUGUUAGCUGGUUCCAUUACGCGCGUCACGUCGGGUUCGGAUCCGUGCGCAAUGCGCGAAUACAAGGUGGUGGUGCUCGGCAGCGGAGGGGUCGGGAAAUCCGCUCUCACUGUCCAGUUCGUGACCGGGACCUUCAUCGAGAAGUACGACCCGACUAUCGAAGACUUCUACCGCAAGGAGAUCGAGGUGGAUUCGUCGCCGUCGGUGCUGGAGAUCCUGGACACGGCCGGCACGGAACAGUUCGCGUCCAUGCGGGAUCUCUACAUCAAGAACGGCCAGGGCUUCAUCAUCCUCUACAACCAGCACAACCACCAAAACAUAAAACACAUAAAACACAAGAUAAACAAGAUCAACAGGUAUGAGCGCGUGCCCGUGAUACUUGUGGGAAACAAGGUGGACCUGGACAAUGAGCGUUAAUCAACAUAAAGUCAAGCUCAAGCUCAAGAAUAAGAACUGCCCUGUCCGUUCAUGGAGACAUCGGCCAAGAGCAAAACCAUGGUGGAUGAACUGUUCUCGGAGAUAGUCAGGCAGAUGGACUACGCCUCUCAGCCGGAUAAGGAAGACCCGUGCUGCUCCUCCUGCAAUAUACAAUAACCCCACAAUCAGGAGCCACAUAAGGUUUUCAAAGGGGUUCAACAUGGAGCUCUUCACUAAAGUAGUGUUCAUACACGUCAUGCACAUGUGAAUGCCGUCUACACACUAGACAAUCCUACAAAUUCAUUGAUUUCAAUGGGAAAGAUGCAUCGCAAAGACAUACCCAGCUAACAUUAUUUAAACAAUUUAUAACAUUCUUAGAAAAUACUUUUGUUAGCUGCCCAUUUUUUCUUGGUUAUGCGAAUGUUAGAGAAAGCGUUAAGGGAACUUUCUAUUUUAUAAUUUUGCAAAACUUUAACUUGUAAAUGUUCUUUGAACUUACAGUAGAUGAGAAACACAAGGGUUUGUGAAAGCGAUACUGCGAUGUGCAAACAAAAGUAGCUUUUUAGUAUCGGUCGAGCUCUUGGAAUUUCAAGUUGAGGCGAAAUCCACUUCACUGUUUUCCCACUUAUGAUCAGACGGUUUCCUCCAAAAAAUGGAUUGCAAAACUCAAAGCUUUGUCUAGUGUGUGAACGCCCUAAUUCAACACAAUUAUUAUAAAUGAAUACAAAAAAGAAACCAUAAAAAGGUCAAAGGGGUUAAAAAAAAAUGCACCAUACUGGGUCUUUCUUUUCCCCGCAUGUUUUCAACACGUUCAUUCUAAGUUUGGCGCUGUUCGCGAGAGACUUGAUCGUGUUGGUUUCGCCAUUUAGUUUGCACAUAUAGAGCCUGAUGUCUUAAACUGCCAUUACUUUAAUAAAGGGCCAGAAUGAGCUAGUUUUGUUCUUCCAAACGGCCCGCUGUCAGUAAAGUGAUGUUUCCUCUGAGGGACUAUCAGACGUCGAGGUUUGAAAUGUUCAUGAGGGGAUCUAUGUGUUUAAGUGUACCGUUGCAGCAACGAGGGGCUUUACUUCGAGAGUUUGAGGGACAUUUUCUUUGAGGAAGCCAAAUAGGAUGCUGAGAAG